AUGGUGCUUGGCCAUGGUGAAGGAAGUUGCUCUCCCGAAGCUCGCUCGAUGCAGCUGAGGAGAAAAGGGGGCGAGGGAAUCGAUACGGAGCAUGGCAUUGGAUCUCCUCAGGAAUACCACGCCAAGUUCUUUGGGGGGUGGAAGGAGCCAGGGAAUAUCAACAUUCCUACUGCUUUGUUGAUUCCCAUCGACUCUCAUGGGAACAAGGCAGUAAGGAGGCGAGUACAAGCCAGGAGGGCCCGAAACGCUCAGAAAAAAGAUGACUUCACUGCUAUGAGUGGUCACCACGAGAAACCCCUUGUCCGAAGAUACUGGAGAUGGCUCCUGCCCGAAAUCAGAGUGGCUAGCCUCUCAAAACAAAAUACUUCUUUCCUCACCAUCAAUACAUUCGCUCUUACACAAACACACACACUCAAACAAACUUUCUUCAAGAAAACCCCCCCAAUCUACAACAUGGCUCAACGCGGAGGACAAUUUUGCAACGUGCAACGUGCCGGUGGGCAGUUCUGCAACGUGCAACGUGCCGGUGGACAAUUCUGCACCGUUCAGCGUGCCGGUGGACAGUUCUGCACCGUCCAGCGUGCCGGUGGACAGUUCUGCACCGUCCAGCGCGCCGGUGGACAGUUCUGCACCGUUCAGCGAUCCUAA